UUUUACGAAAGCGAACUAUAUAUUUAAGUUAAGCAACUAAAAUGGUGUUCAAGAUUAUAGAUAGUUAUAAAGUUAUGUUAGAGGUUAGUUAUGUUUAAAACGAUUAGUUUAAAAGGAUUAGUGUAAGUUUGUUAGAUUCCAAAGGACACAAAAUGACUUAUUUAAGUUUGUUAGAUUCCGCAGGGUUUUGGUUUCUUAAAACUUAAAUCUUAAGAUGGAAAAUCGUGAGUCACUCUUAAAAAAUUCGUUUAAAUCAAUGAUGUACCAUGCAACGCCUGUUCCCAGCGAAACUCACUGGUGCAUGAACUGCUCUACUGACUCAUAGCUUUUCCUUUGGUUUGAGCAUAGCUUUAGUUUUCCGACUAAUUUUGAUAUUUACAUCACAGAUUCCUCAACUUCGUCGUCAUUGCCAUGGAUAAAGGUCUAAAAUACCACUUAUUUCAAUAUCAUAAAUCUUUCGAAGAGUAAUCAUUCUUUAAGAACGUGAUUUCUCAGAAGUUCUAUAUAAUAUGGCUAUAAACUGCGUCUUUUGAUCGAAAACUGAGUCAUCAAUAAUGGUAAUGACGUUGGUAUGCUAUAAUUUUGCGGUUAGACGCUGCAUUUAAAAUCCAUUUAAGAUAUGUACAUACGUGUACCUAAGCUCUUGUCUCCGAAUCCGUUUGGAAACUAAAUUUAUAUAUAGCACCGUGUUAAUAGUGAGUAAUACCUAGAAGUUCAAUAUGAUUUAUGCUUUUAAGGAUGUCCAUUUAAUUGUCUGGGGCGACUGUUUUAUGUGAGCUCUAACAUUGAACUAAAUCCGAGCCAAUAAAACUGGGUAGUUAUUUUGAUGUAGGCCAAAGCGAAACAAUGGACAGAUGGCUAUCAUGCAGCCUAUUGUUACCAAAAGCUCGUGGACAAAAAGAAAAUUUGGGCAAACAGUUUCCUUUUCGCAGCUGAAUAGUUCACAAUGCGCAGUAGCCGCUUCCACGGAUUUAUUCUGAAAAUGAUUCUCUACUUGGUGACCUUUUACCACACGCUGCCCUUCUUUGCGAAUGUCUCCGUGUCGCUGCUCAACAGCUACCUCUCCUCGUCGGUUUCGUUCAAUCUGGAUACCAUAUACUUGAAUUGGAACUCCACUUUUCCGGCCAUCACCGUAUGCGAGAUAUAUAAUGCCGAGCGGAUUUGGGAUCUGAGUGAUUCACACUUUGGCGUGGAGCACGAUAUGCACGUGGAUGAUUUCAUUUCGGAAAUUGUUUUCUAUCGAGGUGUCUGCAGCAGCUGCGAGGAUUGCUCUAAGAUGCGAUGUCCCUCCAAUUUCACCCACCUUGUGGACGUGGUGCGUUUAGUGGCCUAUGCUGCUGUACUUCCUCCUAGCUAUAUCCGCGAAUCCUUGCAGUUUCGCACCAAGUGCCAUCAGCUGCUGGUGAAUUGUACCUAUCUGAACAAGCUGUUCGACUGCUGCGAUCAGUUUCUGCCCCUGCCCACGGAGUAUGGACUGUGCUUCUCCUUCAACUCGCAUCAGGCUCGUAAAGUGUCGCAUGUCCAGUUUACCAACAACCGGAUGACGGGACCGGGUCAUCUAAGCUUCCAUGCCGCCGCCGACAUUCAGCUUUACGUGCAUGCCCCAGUCGAUGUGCCCUAUCAGUUUUCCGAGGGCAUGAUACGGGAAACGGUGCUGCUGGGUCACUACAAGGAGCUGAUCUUGAACGUGAUCGAGGUGCACAACGACGAGAGUGUCCAGGAUCUAAGCAUGGAGCACCGGCGAUGUCGCUAUGGCCAUGAGCAUGUGCCGGAGCGAAUGGGAAUCUACGACUUCUACAGCUACUCCGGCUGCGUGGUGGAGUGUACUGUGCUGCUCCAACUGGACAACUGCAACUGCACCAGUCACUUUAUGGCCAUUCCCGGCCAGAAUUACCUGCCCGCCUGUGACUACCGCGGCCUGAUCUGCCUGACCCGGAUCCGCGACAAGAUCAUGACGGAGCGCAAGUCCUGCGAGUGCAUGAGCUCCUGCGAGGAGCCGGAGUACAACAUUAUCUACAACUCGGCCGAUGAGGAUGAUGAAGGCUCCGAUGAAGUGUCGGAAAUCCGAGUGGCGUUGGUUGAGCUGCCAACACAACGAUAUGUACGUCGUGUGACUAAGACAAUCCUGGAUUUCUUGAUUUCCCUGGGAGGACUGGUUGGCCUGUUCUUCAACACAUCCGCACUGCGAAUCGUGGAGAGCAUUGUUAUCUGUCUGCGGUACAGAAAAACGAUUGUGAAGUGGGUUAAGCGGUUAUUUCUUGGCACAGUUCAAUAUUUACAGAUCUUGGACCAGUCGAUGUAAAUCACAAUAAUAUCAUAAGCUUUAAA